UCGGGUAGAGCUCCACUCUACAGGCGUCUGCAGCUAGACCCUCUUGUGUGGGCGCAUAGAUGAGACCUGCGCCCAGACACAUUUUCUCGCGUUUGGAAAAAAGCCUUCAUGAGGAAAUGUUUGUCUCUCAGAGCUUCCGUAGUUCAAGUCACAUGAAUGGAUUUGUUGCGGUAGCAAAACUGUAGAAAUGUUAUUAUCCUGGCGACAGCGGUUGAAUUAAUAUCGUAAUUUACUUCUGAACAGUCUGUGAUUUGCAGAGGAAUCUAAUCGGCUUAGCAGAGCAGCAGACUCAGAGAUGUUGCGGUGGAUCCUUGGUGGCCGCGAAGUGCAAGGUGCCGUGGAAAAGAACACUGUACUGGUCAUCGGAGAUGAACAGCCCAAAAAUGUGUACACAGAGCUGCAGGUGCUCAAAGGUCAUUUUGACAUUGUUCGCUUUUUGGUGCAGAUUGAUGACGUCAGGUUUGCCUCUGGUGGAGAUGAUGGACUGGUGCUUGUUUGGAAUGUUGAGACCGGGGAGCGUCUCCAGGAGCUGAGGGGUCACUCGCAGCAAAUCACUGCCAUGGCGGCCUACAGCAGACCGGGCAGGUGGGCCCCUCACACAGACCUCCUCACAGCUUCCUCGGACCGGACCCUCAGCAUGUGGGAUCCAGACACUGGGAAUCGAGUACAAACUGUGUCCGAUUUGCAGUCUUCUGUAAAGUGCCUGCUUGUUCUGGAUCACCUUGGUUUGUGGGUUUCUGGAGGCAAUGAGAUGUGUGUCUGGAACCGGAACUUCGACCUCCUGUGUAGGACUGAUCACCAUAGCGAUGCGGGAAUUGCUGCUAUGGUUGAGUUGCCGAAGAACUGCAUAGCUGCUGCUGUGGACAAAGAAAUAGUCAUUUACAGACUGAGCAGCGUUGCAAAUGAAGCAGACAUGGCAGUGACUGAAGUCCGCAGGCUAACAGACCACCGGGACAGCAUACGAGCUCUGAUCACUAUUAAUGAUCAGCUGUUUGCCAGCGGUUCUCACAUCGGGGAGCUCAUUGUGUGGCACUCCUUGGACUGGACCCCCCAGGUUUUUGAGUGCAUCCUGUGGGACCACCCACACGUCAGCCCUCAGGAGGAGAUCAAACUCGGAGGGCAGAAGCAGAGCGAGAUGUCAAUCCACCACAUGGCCUCGGUUGGAGAGUUCAUUGCUGCUGCUGUUGGAAGUGGACUGUAUAUCUACAACAUACUGACAAGGAGUGUGGUUGCCUACAGGAAGACUGCCCAUGACUCCAACAUCCGGCAGAUCCUGCUGCUGCCCGAAGGGCAGCUGAUGUCCUGCUCUGAGGACGGCAGUGUGAGGAUAUGGGAGCUCCAGGACCUUCCUCUGCCAGCAGAACCAGCCAGCGCAGGCUUCUUUGGAAUGUGGAGUUUCGGGAGGACGAGCAAACAGGCCAGCCAACCAGUGAAAAAGGUCCAGGAGGCUCCGGCCCUUCGCACCCUGGAACUGAUCGGAGAUCUGAUUGGACACUCUGGAGCCAUCCAGAUGUUCAUUAACUUCACGGACCGAGGGCUGGUCUCAUGCUCCACGGAUCACCUGAUCAUCAUAUGGAAGAAUGGUGAGAGGGAGUCUGGGCUGAGAAGCAGCUCCCUCUUCCACAAGUUGGACCAGAACGGAGGCCUCUGAAUUGGUGUAAUGCCCAGCAGUGGUGCUGUGACCUGAGGGACAUCAUACCUCUGCACCAAAAUAUAGGCCGUAUUUAUUGUGAGGUGCUUUUACUUUUUAUUAUGGUGUCCUGUCAUUGACUGAAGUCUCAUUCUGCCUUGUUCCCUGUCUUUUUUUGGGAUAAACAGUUAUGGAAGAUGGAUGUUUUAUUAGUGUUAUUUGUGUGUUUUUCACUCUAGUGCUUUAAGCAUGCUGUUGGUUCUUGUACUGUACCUGGCCGACUGCUGUGAGAGACCAGGCAUAGUUCAAAUACCAUUCUGCCAGUAAAUGUAAGCCUUGAAUCAGAAAUCAGGAUGACAGAAUGUGAGUUUCCGGUUUUGUUUCAUUUUAAAUUUUAUUGCACUCGUACAGUUUGUAUAUUUUAAAACAACCAUUUGUGUCAAUCGUAAAGAACACAUUGUUAUAUUUACAGUAUUUCACUGAAUGCCAAAUAAAUGGUUUUCUAUGAGAUUGUACAAAAUAAACGUAAAAGGUCUUUAGUUGCCUGUCAACCACAGUACUGCUUUGUUUACCAUAUCUCACAAGUACAGCAUUGUGUUGUGACCCCAAAAAGUCUCCUUUAACAAAACAAAGUUAAACAAAAGUACUGAAAUAAUAUUUCAGACUAUUACAGUCACUACAUUGAAUGUGGAAUGUUACGGUUGAACCAGCAUGACGUUGAUGUACCCACUGUAACAACUAAGAACAUUACGAUAGAAUCUUUGAAAAAUACAGAUGAUUUUAAUUGCAUGAUGCCAUAAUUUUCAGUGUUAAAGGCGAUUUCUUUUUUAAAAAAUAGAGCUUAUAUACAACUUUGCUCUACAAUUUCUCUUUGUUGUAUCGUUAGUUAAGAAAAAAAUGGUUAUUGGCACAUUGUCAAUGUCCACAGUCUGGCACUGCUAAACCCUCCAUGUCCCCCCCCCUUAACAGCAAGUUGCUAGCAGUCCCAUUUACACAGAACUGACCUUUAUCUCAUCUCAUCAAGAAAUAUGAGGGGGGGGGGGCAUUUUUUUUUCUUGUCUCCUUUCUACUGUUGGAAUGCUUUGAUUGUUGAUUAAUUGCAUCCAUGAAGUGAACUGUGUGUUCAUCCUUAGCCAUAAUGAAUACAACAAACAGAUAAAUA